AUGUCCAAGACAGACAACGAUGUCGGUACUGGACUAGUCGGCGCACCCGCAUGUGGCGACGUCAUGAAGCUCCAGAUCCGUGUCGACCCCAACAGCAACACCAUCAGCGAUGUCAAGUUCAAGACCUUCGGAUGCGGUAGCGCGAUUGCGAGUUCGAGUUACCUGACCGAAUUGGUCCGGGGCAUGACACUGGAGGAUGCGUCGAGGAUCAAGAACACAGAGAUUGCAAAGGAGCUUUGCCUACCACCUGUAAAGCUGCAUUGCUCUAUGCUUGCUGAAGACGCCAUCAAAUCCGCCAUCUCCAACUACUACACCAAGAACCCCAACGCACGGCAAACAGACCUUGGCGGCAAGUCGGCGCCGCUGCCAAAGGUGGAGAUUGAGACUGUUUCCUCAGCGACGGCUUAG